AGUUCACAGUCCCGCAAAUUGCUAGUAUAAUUGGUGUACCUGUUGAUACAAUAUUUAGAAGAAUGGAGCAGUGUGGAAUAUCUAUUGCAGCCCAGUACACUGAAAUUACUGACGAUGAACUAGAUUUAAUAACCAGAAGCAUUCAAAGUUCAUUUCCUAUGUGCGGGAACAGUACAAUGCAAGGCCAUCUUCUUAGUAGGGGGAUUAGGGUUCAGCAAAUAAGAGUUAGAGAAUCGUUGCGAAGGAUACAUCCUCAUAGUUCAUUUACAUGCCGACUUCUCACAAUACAGCAACAUCAGUAUAAAGUAAAGGCUCCGAGAUCUUUGUAUCACAUAGAUGGGAAUCAUGAAUUAAUCAGGUGGCGUAUGAUAAUCCAUGGCUGUAUUGAUGGCUAUAGCCGCAGGAUCAUAUACCUCCACUGUAGUGAUAACAACAGAGCUGAAACUGUUCUUACUCUUUUUACAGAAGGUGUGAGACGUUAUGGGCUGCCAGAUAGAGUUAGAGCAGAUAGAGGGGGUGAGAACGUGCAAGUAGCUACUUUUAUGCUGGAACAUCCCAUGAGAGGACCUAAUAGGGGAAGUUUUAUUACAGGCAAGAGUAUCCAUAAUCAGAGAAUAGAGAGGCUGUGGAGGGAUGUGUCUUCACAAUGUAUGGUACUUUUUCGUCAGGUUUUCUAUCACAUGGAACAGGCACAGCUUUUCUUAGUCGAUAAUGAUAUUCAUUUAUUUUGUCUACAUUAUGUCUACAUCUCUCGUAUAAAUAUGGCUCUUACACAUUUCACCAAUGCUUGGAACAAUCAUCCACUCUCUUCAGAGGGUAACCUCACUCCAGACCAGUUAUGGAUCAGUGGUUUGUUGAGAAAUCAACACGUAACAUUUGAAGAAAUGACUGAUGAGGAAGUUUUGGCACAUGGAAUUGACUGGGAUGGACCACUUCCAACAGAAGGUGAUGUGGAAGGUGUAGAAGUAAUUCAGACACCCAAUCCACUGAAUGAUGAUGAUUUUAUGCAGCUAAAACUAACAGUUGAUCCUAAUCAGAUUUCACCUAACUUUGGUAUUGAUUUAUACUUAGCUACUAAAAUAUUCACGGAACAAAAAGUUUACUUUAAUUGACUCUUAUACACUC